ACAAAGAUCUGAUCGUGCACACACAUUUCCAGCAGAAAACAGAAAGAGUCCUCGAUCCUAGGAAAUAAAAUGUCAUAUUUUUGUCGUAUUGUCAUUUCUAAAAUGAAAGCUUUUCUGCAGGACCUUCUAGGAGCAUGAAACACGAACUAAAUUAAUCAAAACUAUUCUAUUUAAAGCAAAUAAAAUUAUCUGUACAAGAGGAGCUUGUUCUUCUAAAUGUGUACUGCCUACAUCCACAGUGAGCUCUGAAUCCAUGGAAAAAAAAUUGUUGCUGGGGCUCCCUGGUGUUUGUGGUGGGUAUCAGGUGCAGCCCACACAAACCUACAGACCGCCCCUGUCCAUGGACCAUUCAGACGGGAUUAAAAUCACUGCCGAUAACAGCAGCAGUUGCCUCUCCUGACGCCUGGAUACUGCGCUUAUUCCCGAAACCUGCCCAGCUCUAUCUGCCCAGCUCUAUAAGUCCACCCGGCAGCGACAGCAACGAUCCAGGCAUCUCAUACGGGAUAUUUCCAUCCUCGGUGUUGAUCCUCAGACCCGCUCUCUGCUGCUGAGAUGCCCGGCUGGCCGCUGACGGGCUGCGGGACAGAAUGAGGAUCGGCCUCGGUGUCAUCCCGCAGCCCGAACCCGCCUGCACGGGACUUCCUAGCCUUAACAACCUGAUCCGUUUCUGACCAGGAGACAUGGCUGAGGAUGUUUCGGCAUGCUUGAGGAUUUACUGACCAACAGAGAUGAGGUUUCCUUGGGAUUGACUGGAACAAUGCGAAAGGAAGUGCGGCGGAGGAUCGACAACAGGGUUUCCGAAAACCGUGAGCAGGAGAUGCUCCACAGGGCGUCUGCUGGAGUCUGUCAGCUGCAGGGAGUCAUGAAUUUACACUUUCUGCUGUAGGAUAUCACACUGUCAAGGCUGGAGCUGAUAUACUUAUUAAAUAAACAGCAUCUGAACGGUGAUGAACCCACAUCCAGAGCUGUCACUGGGACUGGGAUUUACUGGAAACCGGCACGAGUGUCUGUGGAAAACACGGAGACAUGACAUGCACAAGAAAAAAGAGGAAACGCAGCUUUGGCUUCUUUAAACCUUUUGUUUGUUAAAGGGGGUCCACGACAGCCUUCUCAGAUCACCUUUUAGACAGACUGGGGCCAUUGACACUGCUGUAUUUCUUAUUUACUGUUUGUUUCCAGCCUGUCAUUUUUAGUGGGGACAGCCAGGUGGAUCGCUGUAGCCUGUAUUUCAUGUAGACUGCAACACACGGCCUGCCUGCCUUCCUGCCUGCCAUAGAGUGGAGGACAAGCAGCCCACAGCAGGUAAGCAGCACAACAUAACUACCAUUUUGUUCAGCCCACAGGUCCCUGAUCUGCAAAAUGUCAUGCUGCCUGCCUCUGCAUCCCUGCAUGACAUUCAUUUCAGAGCUUGCUACCGUCUUCCUGGCUGCCUCUUGCAGGCCCAGACUGCCCCAGCUCUCUGGGACUGGUGUCUUUUGUCUGCCUCAGCCUCUACAGAGACAGACUGAUCAUCCAAUGCGGGGCAAAUCCUCAUAUUACAUGCAUGCUUCACAUCAGCAGUGACGCUGUGUUGUGUUGAUGAUAAAUAAUACAGGAUUUCCUCCAGCUGUAGGGCCUGGCUCUGCACUGGGACAGCCAAAUGAUUUAAUACCAUUUGGUGUAAUGUACCCCUCUGAGAGCAUAGCGCCACCUCCUGAAGAAAAAACAGGCUCAGUGCUGUGUUUUCACGUUGGACUGCAGCAGCUGGUGGCUCUCCAGUCCUUUUCAGACCUGUAGGCGCUACAUGAGGAGGCCUGAUGCUGGGCCCUGCUGUCAAAGACCAACUCUGUCUACAUCUCAUCCAGUGAGCUUUGUCGCCUCCUCCCACCAACAUCAAGCCAGAGGUAUUGGGCUGCUGUUGCUACCCAGUUCCUGACAGUGACUCUGCCCUCCGCCGCCAACCAACUUCCAGCUUUGCAAAGCCCCUCCUUCAAGACACACAGCCUCUCUCACAGUUCCCCUCAGCUACAUACACUUGUCCUUUUAAAGAAGCAAAAAUGAUUUUGAUUUGUCAAAUGAUAUAUUCUAGAAGGCUCUUCUUAAUUUUUAUAACAGCUGCAGUGAAACUCCUCUUUCACUGACCUCAGCCAAAUGGUCGAUUCAUAUGUAUUCAGACAUUUGUUGUCAUAAAGUCACAGGUUUUUAUCGUCAAAAGGCAACACCAAAAUUCACCGUUGUUUAAUUUUUGCCUUUCCUGUGAGACCACCUUUGGUUAAACCAUAAUUUACAGCCCUGCUGUAGGGGCUGCACCUUUGCACAACACAGCCCUUACCUAAAUGCUAACCUGGUAGUGCUAACAUGCAUUUAGGGACCCUAAGUAUCCUAGUUAUUAGCCUUAUCCCAUUUUUGAUCGUGUUUGGGAUUUGGUGAUUGCAUGCACACAAAAAUCUGGUUAGUUUAUCUCUCAGUACUUUCCAAAGUGACCAGAAUUUGGAUACCAGAUCAGCAUUUUGAUGCUUUUUCUAUCACAACAAUUUUUCAGUUCUUUUAUCACAAAAGGACAAAACUCAGUGUGUAUGGUCCAGAAAAAAGACACUCAUCAUCACUACUGCCAUGUUUGUUUUGUUAAUACGUCACUUUGUUGCAGAUGGUCAGCAGCUGUCAGAAACCAAGAUAAGGUGCCCCAACGCCACAGUGCCCAAUUUGCUUUUAGAGGUCUCUAAGUAGCAAAACCAGAACCCAAAAAUCAGGAUAAGGGCUACAGGAGACAUUGGGAUAUGAUGUUUGCAUGUACAAAUACAAAAAAAGGAAUACUUAGAGACUUGGAUCAAAACCAAGAUGUUGAAAUCAAUGUGAAAACAUGCUAUUUAGGGUUCCGGGUUUUGAUCAUUUUCAGGAUGCGAUGUUUGCGUGAAACAUGUAGAAACCUGUUCUACCUUUUUCAGGUGAAAUAUAUCAAUCUAUAAAUGUUACACUGCUUUUUUAGCUGAAUACCUGCUUUCAAAAUUCUUAUUUAUGCCACGUUCUCACCUUUGCAAGUGCUAUUAGCUGUUGUUUUUACCCAUGACAUGCCUGCGUUAGAGACUUGGUUCUGAUUGGUCAAAACCCAUUAACAGCAAUGAUAAAUUUGCAAAAGCAAAGGAGAUGUUGGUGACAAAAACCCUUUAUUUGAAGAGCGUAAAAGUCUACAUCAUUGGUCAAUAGCUGACGAGUCAACAGCAGCGAAAACAGCCCAAGAGAUGACCAGAAACAAGGAAUGAUUAACAACUGAGCUGAGUCAAAGAGACGUCAAAUAAAUUGAAGAAAACAGACACAAAACAACAGCCUUUGACAGGGUAUGGGCUUUUUCAGUGUGACAGGACUGGUAUAUUUAGAGUAAAAUGCCAAAAAUAAGUUAUAGGGGUAUUUUUUUUUACUUUAUCCUGGAUGAAUCUGAUGAAAUAAAGUGCAGCUGAUUCGACCCAUAAAUUGGCUAAGUAAGAGCACAUUUGCCAUGGAAAUGCCACAGACUGAGGGACUAUUUCUCAGCUGUAUAAAUAAAUCAUUCUCAGAUUUAUAAAUCACAUUUAGAUUGAUACUCAGUGUGAACUUUUUCAUAUAUUUAUAUUGGAAGAUUAUAAGCAUGAUAAUGUAUAGCAAGCCUCUGCUUCAUAUUGGGUCGUGAUUCAAUUUGGUGAAACCACCAGCAACAAACUCUACAUUAUAGUUUACCUAUAAACUUAUUUUUUAUCAAGGCUGCACUCUUUGAUUGUCUAAUCAUUGAUUACUGAAAAAAAGUAGUCACCUAGUUAGUGAAUUGCACAAUCACUGAAGAGCAAAGUGUGCUUUGCAAAUUUGCCCCCCCCCCCAAAAGGCUUGAGAGUUCUUGGGCCAAAAUCUGGUGUAUAAGACCUAAAAAGAAGGAUUAAAUAAUCAAAGACAAACUAAAUUAUUUAUUAAGCUGUGGGUGUCUUUGAGAUUGGCAUUUCUAAAAGGUAAAGUGUGUCAAAAUGGGAAUAUUUAGUGAUAUUUAGCUGUCAAAUUCUCCAUUGAAAUGCUCCCUUGCUCAUCAUCUCUAUUUGUGAAACGAUAUUAGCCUUUGAGGUCAAGAGGCUCCUGUGAUGUAUGAUAAAUAUGAUCCUCUAUUAGUCAAGUUUUUACCAUCAAAAACAUCAAUCAGUACAACAACUAUGCUUUGCUUCAUCUUCCACCUCUCAGAAAAUAGAGCAACUAAUUUGUCCAUUCUGAACUACCGUAGAGACCCCACAGUAUAAGAUGCUGGUCUUUGUGGAGACUUGCUCCAUAUGUAGAUUUGAAAUGCUCAAUCUAUGUUAAUUAUAAGAAAAUUGUUCUCAUUUAUAAUCUAAAUUUAUUUAUGAAUUUUAUAUUUAAUCUCUACCAAAGCUGUUUGGCCAAACGCUGAUAAAUAUUACACACGGCACCUUAAAAGGUUGUUCAGUUUAAAAGUAAUGACAAAUGCAGAGGGGUGAACAAUAGAUGUGAUUUUGUUGUUUGUUGAGAGACUGAUCUAGUGAUAGUCGCAGAGUGUAUCUCAUAAUCAUUUGAAAAAUGAAAAUGAAAAGUAAAGACCCUGUCUGUCAAAAUGACAGACAGCAAGGAAGUCUGACGCAACCUCUUGCUCACAGUGAAGCCCACACUGGCAGCUCUGUUAUUAUCUGAAAAUCACUUGAGACUCAAUUUACACAAAACAGAGACCAUGGUGUUCCUGUCUUAUCAUUGUAGUUAUUGAAGUCAAUCCCUGUGAUGCCAACCACCCAUCGAAUGGUGUGAAUGAAAAAGAAGCCACCGAGAGAUGCAGCGUGCUGGCAAGAAACUCAAAAAGAGUCCCAAGAACUGCUUGGUCUAAAAUUGCCCCUUGUUAAAAACUACUUAAACUUGGUUAGACAUCAGGGAGGUGAUUCAUACUUUCUGGCACCUUUGGCCAGUUAAAAAAAACAACACUUGCAUAUUAAAUAAGGCCCGAACUACACGUAUAUGGAUAUUUAUUUAUCAGGAUAUUUUUGUACCCCCGUCUAAAUAAAUGUAUCUGUCCACACGUGUUAGUUCUCAAAAAUAUCUGCGUCCACACGUAGCCUUCAAACUUAAUCCUAUCUGUUGCCGCUUAAAAAAAAUUCAGGAACAAAGCUACCUGAUUGGCCGAUGAAUCGUAACAGCGUGAUGCGUCAUGCAUUGUUUGUGGAAGCUACGCUAGUGCGUCGGGUCCAUGUGACGGACCAUGUGACCAAUAAAAGUAUUGGCCGCAGCAGACGCGUCUGUGAGCUGGCUGACUGGUGGAUGUAAUUGUAUAAAACAAGGUUCACUUGAAAGGCUGAAAUUAGCCCCAAAAGGGCAAAACAAAUGUAAAGAAUACCCUGUCUGUCCGCCAUCGUUGUUGUUGUUUUUCUUUGUAAUUCGCAUGCGCGAGCUGCGGUUUGACGUCAUCGAUCCGUAAAAGUCCAACCACACGAAUCCACUACAGAUACGGGAUACGGAUAUUUUUUUAUUUCUCCACUUGUUUUUCCGGAUUCAGAUUUAUCCGGUUUGAGUGCUCCAAACUCCCGUUUUGGUGUGGUAGGGAGGCCUAAUCGGACAUAAAUAUUUUGAAAUAUAUCCACAUUCGUGUAGUUCGGGCCUAAGUCUGCUGAUGACCAUGUUUCCUUCAUAGUUCAAACAUUUUUCUCAUUUUCUAAAGCCUGCUAUGUGAGGUUGCUCUGAUUGGCAAUAGUUUAUUUUUCCUGCCUCUAUUAUUCUUGUAUAUUCCUUUUUACUGGUUUUACUGCCUCAGCUUGAACUUCUUAUUUAUGGCUACAUCCAGCUCUAGUAACGGAUAACUAUUCAAUAUGUAGCACAAAAAAAUCAUGGAUUGAUACACAAGUCUAGCAUAAAAUAUUACCCUCCCAUCAAUAUUCUUUCUUAUUUUGAUACUCUGCAACAUUUGAUGGUGAAGUUCAGAAGUCCACAUUCCCUCUGAACUUUAUGUGGCUCUUUUAAUCUAUUGAGUCAGACUGAGUUCAACAUGAUAUAAAUGUUAGUAGAAAUUGCAUCAGCUGUCAAAAGUACUAAUGCAUGUAUAUACAGGGCAAACAGGUCUGGUAUUUGGAUGGUUACUAUAUGCUUGCUACAUUUAAUGUGUUUUAGCUGUUUUUUAAAAGGAAACUCACAUCACCCUUCUGUUUUAACUAACCAAAACCCCUUUUAUAAAAUCUUGAUUUGACAUAAGAAUUACUUUAAAAACUCAACAUAUUGUUGUAAAGAACUCCCAUAAACCACCAAAAAUGUAAUCUCUGAAGUAUUUGUUUGCAAAAAAGUUCAAAGAUUUCCUCAUUGGAGUGUAAGAAGUCCAUUGUUUAUGUUUCAUCCUGUUAGUUACUUCAUUGGAUGAUUAAAACUAAUUCUUUGUCUCUUCACUUAGGGUUCAGGAGGUGUGACGACGUAUCGCAGAGGGACCCUGCUCAAAAUGGAGCGAUGUGGACUGAUGUGUUCCUACUCCUUGUGAACUGCGUAAAGGAAGCAACCACGAGGACGAAGGAUCAAUCAGCAGGCGGAGGAGGUGGUGGGGGAGUGGUGUCAAGAGAAAAGGUGGUAUGGCUGGGGGUUCAUUUGGAAUGGCGAAUGGAAACGAAAGCAGCGAGGGGCCUGCUGGGCCCAUGGCGGCAGUGGUGGCAACUGCAGGAGGUGUUGUAGCAGAUAGUUCUUCUUCAGCUGUCUCCACCUAUAUUAAGCUGGUGCUGCUGGGGCUGAUCAUCUGCAUCAGCCUCGUAGGUAACCUGGUGGUGUCUCUGCUUGUACUGCGGGAUCGGGCCCUGCACAAAGCACCUUACUACUUCCUGCUGGACCUGUGUCUGGCGGACACCAUCCGCUCAGCCAUCUGCUUCCCUUUUGUCUUGGUGUCCAUUAAGAACGGUUCAGCCUGGACUUACAGCGUGUUGAGCUGCAAGGUGGUGGCAUUCAUGGCAGUGCUUUUCUGCUUCCACGCUGCCUUCAUGCUGUUCUGCAUCAGUGUAACGCGCUACAUGGCCAUCGCACACCACCGCUUUUACUCCAAGCGUAUGACGUUUUGGACAUGUGUGGCAGUGGUGUGCAUGGUCUGGACACUGUCAGUUGCAAUGGCUUUUCCCCCUGUUUUUGAUGUGGGCACCUACAAAUUCAUCCGAGAAGAGGACCAGUGCAUCUUUGAGCACAGGUACUUCAAGGCUAAUGAUACUCUAGGCUUCAUGCUAAUGCUGGCCGUACUCAUCCUAGCCACACAUGUUGUGUACAUGAAGUUACUCCUCUUUGAGUACAAGCACCGCAAGAUGAAGCCAGUCCAGAUGGUGCCGGCCAUCAGUCAGAACUGGACCUUUCAUGGGCCGGGUGCCACUGGCCAAGCAGCAGCAAACUGGAUCGCAGGCUUUGGCAGGGGCCCGAUGCCGCCAACUCUGCUGGGAAUCCGGCAGAACUUGCACAACCAGAACCGGCGCCUGUUGGGCAUGGAGGAGUUCAAAGCAGAGAAGCAGCUUGGCAGGAUGUUUUACGUGAUCACCCUGCUGUUCCUGGUGCUCUGGUCUCCCUACAUAGUGGCUUGUUACUGGAGGGUUUUUGUCAAGGCUUGCACAAUACCACACCGGUACCUCUCCACCACAGUGUGGAUGAGUUUUGCCCAAGCCGGGGUCAACCCUAUCGUCUGUUUCUUCCUGAACAAAGACUUGAAGAAAGGGCUCCUUUCCCACCUACCAGCCUGCUGCAGGACUAAACCUCAUCUGCCACGAGAGCCUUAUUGUGUCAUGUAAACAGAGAUGAUCUUAAAAUUGAGGAAAACCAAGGGGCAGCCAGUAGAGGGAGUGUUUAGGGAGUGUUUGCUGGAGUUAUUUUGGAGAUUGAUUCAAUGCGAGCCACAUUUAGAUGAGGGUGUAAACUGUGUAGUCUCAUGGUAAAAACUCUGUAAUGGUUAGCAUGUUUUCAUCUACCAAACCAUUUGUCACACAAGCAACAGUGUAAAUGGAGUCAGACCCUUACUUUUCAUAAGAAAUAACUUAACAGCAAAUCAGAGAAGUAUUAAUGCAGUCAUAGUGGAAACCAAACCAGACAAACAACCUACAACAACUUAUAUAUUUACAAAAAAUGUCAAAAAUGGCCCAUAGGGGAAAGGAUAGAAACGAUGGGUCUUUUUUGUUGGUUUGGCGAGGAGUCUUUUAAAUCGAAACUUUUGAAUAUGGUGCAUUCGUUCAGUAACCCAAAUGAAAAUUACUUUAGUGAGAGACUUAAAUCAGCAGUCCAGUCAAAUUCAAACAUGACAUAUUGCCUUUUGUGGUCAACAUAUUUAGUGCCCGACAAGUUAUUUAAGCCUUCAUGAAAACGUAAUUUAGAUUUUCCAAUGCAACAUAAUAUCCAGAUGUUAUGUCUGUCUUUCAUAAUCAAUAACUCUUUCAUAAUCAAUAAUUGCACUGCAGCAAGAAAUUUCUUUUAAAUCCAAAUUCAUGUAAUACAAAGGCUCCCUGUACAGUGACUACUGUUUUUUUUUUUCAAGGAUUAUUUGUUUGGGAGUAAGGGAGAUGUUUCAAACCAUUUCAGAGAAACACAGACUCUUUACAAACACUCGCCAAAUAAAGAAAAAACUUGCUGUUCGUGUGUCUGGCAUUGACACAUCAGUCACAAACACACCAGCUUUUAUGUUCAUGAACGUGUAUUUUCCAUGGUUUCAUCUGGGCUCAAAAAGUAUCCUCACCUUUUCCUUUUUUUCUAAUUUACAUCAAUGUUAAACACAGACCAGUACUUUACAGUGCUUGCAGAAUAUUUAUCACUAAAAUAUGUUUGUAUUUCUGUGCAUCCUUUAAUGAUGUAAAACACUUUUAGAUGUAGUUGUGGAGAUUUCUGGUUCACAGUUAUUUGAGCUCAAGCUCAGUGCCCAGUUACAUAAAAUAUUUCUUCCGCUCCACACCCCAUGUACUAAGGCCGUAGCCACUGUAGAUGCAGGAAAUGCCCAUUUGCUGUAUGUUAUUUUUCUACUCACUGCUCCCCAUAUUUCCUGUUUCACAUUAGUUGCCCCAAAAAUACCCAAAAUGUGCUCUAAAAAGCUGAGUAUACUUCUUUCCUGAGUGCUGAAAGUUCAAGUUGUUGGGAGUAAAGAUCCCCAGUGGUGAGGAUAAAAUACUUGACAUCACUUCUCUGUGGCUUUUUAGUAAAUUUUCAUUCCAGUAUCAGACUAUUUAGGAGAUUCAAAUAGAUACACAAAGUUGUGCUCAAAAACAACCAUAAGGAAAUAAACAAGCGGAAUUUUUAGGUAAUUUGACAACAUCAUCCUCGAUGUCCACAAGGCAUUUCUCAUUAGCAGACGCCAAAUGCAACCUGCUGUGAUGUUCAGACAUCUCUUCGUGCCCAGUCUUUUUCUAACAGACCACCUUGCUUUUCUGGAGCAUGAAAUUCCCUUUUGAAUGUAUGUAAAUGGCUGCAUUUGUUAAAUGUUGAAUUUCAGAUUCAUAUUUAAUGAGUCAUUUUAAUUUUUAACGCACUCUGUGUAAAAACUACAAAAUUAGCUUUUCUUGUUUGAAGCCUCUGGAGUAAAAGAAGAAAUGCUCUGAAUUUACUCCUGCUGCUAUACAAACUUCAGUAGUGUCAAAACCAGUGAAAUCUAUCAGAAAUGCAGUUGCCAAUUUGACACCACCCUUUUUAUGCCUCUAGUUUUGCACUUUUGGACUCAGGAGGCACCCAGAACCUACAGCAAACUCUGCUUUUUGCUAUUUUCUGGGACUAAAAUUCACAAAACAAAUGUGGUGAUUAAAAAAAUGACUAGAAACCAGAGAUUGAGACUUACAAGCAAAUAAAAAAUUAUGAAGCCGAAGUAGGCUCAGUUACUCAUUGACUACACUCCCAUCUGAUGUCUUAUGACCACUGGAAACCAACAAGUCUGAGGCACUUGUGUGUCUCUUUUGAAGCCAUUUGAUUGAGUCUACUUUGAAUAUGGUGUUAAAAACCUCUGACAUUUCAUUUGGAGGUGUUGGCAUAUCUUUUAGAAGUAUUUAUCUCUAGCCAGCUACUUAAAGUGGGGAUGAAGUAUUUCUAGAUAAAAUUCAGAAAGUCAGUGCAGGAGCUUCUUGGCAGAUUGUCAUUCUGUUUGUCAAAGAUGCAAACUUCCAUCUGUGCCAGUCAUGGUUCCCUAUGUCUCUGCUCGCUUGUACAACAGAAAACAAACAUUAAGACACUGAAUAAGACUUUGAGUACAUUUACAAAUACUCAAAAGUAAUACCUGAAUACAUGCUUUACAAAGCAAAGCUGUUCAAGUAUUUAUUCUCUCGAGACUUUGUAACUGGGCACUGACAACACAUCAUCUCUCAAUCUUUAAAGCCAAAUCUGCUCCAUGUUUGUUAAGAGAAGUAUCAACCAAAGCACAGGUCAGACUGUCUCCUCUUUAGUAGGACAGAAGCUUUAGAUCAAGAUUGCUAACAUCCAUAAUCUCAGUUCAGAGUCAAGCAGUUUUAUCUGACGUCUCCUGGGCUUGAUCAUACACUUUGGUGUUAUUGCUGGAAAACAAGCCUUAAUAAGUUUUCACCCUUUUCAAAAUGCUGAAGUUAAUGGAUACAAACAGUAAGCUAAAUUUAUUUAUGAAAUAAAAAUGGCGAGAUACAGAGUUGAAAUAUGCCCAAGGUGAUUACUGGAUAUACUAUGGUCAAAAUUAUGAGAUAACUUAAACAUUUUAACAGCUUUAGUUUCAUUAAAAAAAUGUCAAACUAGUGACUUGUAUAAAAUAUUCCCUAAGAUUUAUGAAAGGAUAAAUUCCUAAAAUGGAGAGUUGUGGCAGUAACUUGUUUUGUCAUGACUAAGGAUGUACACGUUUAGUGAUAACUAAACAACACCAGAUUUACUGGUAGGUUAACUGAAUCAGUAUUUUUGUCAUUGAGGGUUUGAAAUGUCAAAUGCUGCGUUUAAGCUAAAGUGCAGCCACCUACCAUCGACUGGCCUGGUCUGUAGCUUAAAAAAAUUCCAUAAUCCUUUCCUACCUGGAUGUAAACAAGCACAGAUGACAUCUCAUAGCGCGAUAUGGUUUGACAACAUUUAAGGCUAGAGAAUAGAGAUAAAAUCAUGUAGGCGGUGUCUGCUUAAACUGACAUUUAACCAUCUGACUAAAUCAAUCUGUAACCAGCUCAGGCAUGUGGACGUUAACCUGUAAGAAGAAAUGAAAGCUGGUGGUGCUAGCUCUGCUAAUGUUAGCCACACUCUAUAGUCCAAUUUGGUAUGGUUUACCCGGUUACUGUUUUGCAGAGUUGAAAAUUGCUCUGUUUGACUGUUUUCUAAUUUGUUUUCUUACAUUAAACAAGCUUGAAUUUAAUUUUCUGUUUAAAUGACAUAGAAAUUAGUCACUUUAGAAUAUCCCUAGUCAUGACACUGCAAAAACCUAUGUAGUUUUAUUGUGAAAGAGAGUUGGGUUGUUGGACACAAAAUCCUACUAAACUCUUUGAACCAGACUUCAACAUUAUGAGGUAAAUCAGAUGUUCAUUUGAACUAGACAUGAUCCAGUACAUUUAAGUCAUCAUCCUCACUUAACACUGAGUACUGAAGGUAUGAGAUUGCAGUAGAAGGAAGAUCUGCUGCUUUAUUUUUGCACAAAUCAUGAUAAAUCGAUUACCUGUGCAUCUAUCUUGCUACCCUGUGGGAAUGAACUGUAACUUGAAGUGGAAUUUAGGCGGAAGGAAAGGGCAGGGCACAGAGAUUGUAAUUUGUCAGUGAAUGUCUGAAAGGAUGACAAAGUCAGUGCUUCAGAUGAAGGUGAAAUGAGCGAGUGUGUUUGCAGAGUUUGAGGUGCCCCUGUGCAGUGGCAUAUUUGAAACACCCGACGACAGCAUGCCACAGAGAAUCUUGUUUUUGAUUUUAAGAAUUAUGGCCUUACUCCAUGAAAAACCAAUGCAACAAAGAGUAGACAAAUGUGUCUCUUCUGUGUGCGCUGAAGUUACAGGAGGAAACUGAACACUGUGGACACUUGUGACAUUUUGGAAGACUUGUUGCUCUUCCCAUCAAAACCUGGAAGAACUGAGGUCAUGGACAGAUAAGGGAAUAUGAAGUGGACUUUUCUACCGCAGACUGAUGAUGGGGGCAAAAACCGCUGUAGGUUUUUGUUGGAUUGUUUUUGUGUUUUAAUAUUUUCUCUUGGAAAUCAACGUGAACAUGAAGGAAAAAUGACCAGUCUUUCCAUUUUCAUUUGUGGGACAAAGCCAGAGAACUGUUUGGAUCCCAAGUCGAUGCUGGAGAGGCCUGACCAUGCUUUUUUAGUUGCCUCAGGCAGAUUAUCUUUUGUAAAUUAACUGUGACCUCUGUACUAUUUAGUGUGUAUAAUAUUGACAGCAAACCAACUUUGAAAUGCAACGGAAGAGAUCCUCAUCAUCGUAUUUUUACUAUGUGUGUGUGUGUGUGCAAGAGGAUGAGUGUGUGAGUGAGUGUUUCUAUUGGCAGGUUUGACUGUGUGAAUGUGGAGGAUGUUGGUAACAUGAAUGAACCAGGAGGGAAAAUACUGAUCAAACACAUUUUGCAUCUUGAAGAAAUCAUUCCUGCAAAUGCUUCCUCAGUAUUUCUCAUGUCAGCCCUUUUCCUCACACAGAGAUCUGAAUGUGUUUCCAAACCAAUGACGUUUACUCAAAGUCCCUUUUGUACAACAUGUGGAUAAGAGUUUGUUGACUGGGUUCUCCUUUUUUAAAAAUAGGUUGAUGGAGGUUAAAAAAAGCUUGAUAUAAAGCUUCAGCUACCUUCUGAAUGUUUCUUUGAAGAGUUGAUGCAAAGUAAGUGUAAAAGUUUGAAUUUUCAUUGCAAAAAAAAAAAAGAAAAAUAGCGGUUUCACCUUAUUUCACCUGGAAGUUUCACUGUAAUACUAAAUCAGCCCUGGAUUUAUGAAACGCCCCAGAUUAGUCAGUUUGGGUUGUCUCCAUCAGUCAUUUUUACAUCCUGAGCAGUCAUGUGGCCAGACAAGUUGGAAACAAAGUUGCUUGCUGGAAAUCAAAUGUGUGUCGGAAACGUCUGCUUUGAAUCGCAAGCUCAUGGUAACGCCGUGCAGAGCUGUGUACAGCUGUGCUCAAGAGGUGUGAAGUAAAGCUGUAAGACUCAGCUGUAUGUCCGUUUACAGUUUCUCCAUAAGAGAGCAGAAUCUAAAGAAUAGACUGAUUUUUUUAGACAAACACUCUAGUUUCUCUUUUAAAUUGUAGUUUAUUUUUAACUGGUUCUGUUUUGAAGGUAUGCACGACAGUCACCCUAAUAAAACAGAAAAAAAUGGGGUUUUCGUUAUCCAGAAUGGAACCACAGAACCUCCUUUAACACCAUCUGCAAAAUAUGGCAAUCUCCUCUCAUUAUACGUCUGCUUUUGAAUGCAGAUUACAUCUGAUGGUAGAUUCCUUAUACCAAGUCCAGUGCUAGUUUUCUCGCCUCUCACAUCACUGCUGUUGGACUUGGAUUAACAGGCACUGCACAAAGGGGACUUCUUGACCCAGAUACCAUGUUGCUAUUACUGCUAGUCAUUUACUUGUUGGUUUUACCAAAGCUAGAGAAGGUUGUCCACAAAAUAACUUGAACUGCCAUCAGAUCAAGCCAAUGGGCUCCAAGAGCAAACUGGUCAAGCUUUUAUCUUCGUUUCCAAAAGGAUAAAAAUGAUUAGUUGCAAUUUCGGAAGCUUCAAAUUCAAAAUUGUUGAAGUUGAAAUAAAUUGAAUUUGUUGGCUUUGCACUCCUGCAAAAAAGAGCCACAAACCAGUUUUAUGAGUUAAUGUAUAAAUCAGUUCUUGGUUGUUUCAGCCUGAAAGUCACAAAAAUUUGACUUUAUAUGCUGACUCUGAAUUUUUGUUGACAGUGUCUUAAGUGCAGCAAACUGUCUAUAGAGGUUGUUUUUUAGAUUCAUUGCUGUUCUUGAAACAGUGUCCAUGAAAUGAGAGAGGAAUGAUUGGUCAAGAUAUCAAGUGAAUAAUGUCUACACAAAGAAUCAGGGUUUUCCAAAAAAUAUUAAAAAUAAGUUAAAAAAAAAUAGUCAGUGUGACUUCAAGUGUAAUGUAUUCACAUCUUCCUUUAUGGCAUCAACCAUUAGCAAUUGUCUUGACUGAAGAACUCAAGGAUUACAGACAUCUAUCUUGAACUUUUGAAGUUCAUGAACGCACCAAAAAGAGCACAUACAAAAUCUGCAUCAUUUUGCAUAUGGUCAGUGUAGUUUACAAACCCACUUACAGCCUGGAUUUCUUUACCUAGCUGAUGUUUGUGGAUGUUUAUUUAGUACAAUAAAGAUAUCGCGUUUUUGGUCCACCUGUCCAGGAAACAUCAGGAGAAGCUGUUGUUGAUGUUCACUCCUUGUUUCCAGCCUGUCUGAUCACUGUACUGCCAGUUAAAAUUACAAAGACAUAAAAACCCAAUCUGAAAUCGAGUCACACCAAAAAUGAAUGGAGUCUUCAUAGAGAUGAUUACAGCAUUUAUAGACAACAUUCAGUCAUAUUAUUGAAUUUCCCUUUGGGCGUCAAUAAAGUUUUUCUUAUCUUAUGACAAGCUAAUUUGUGUCAGAAUACCAAGACGUUUUUCCCUCUGCAGGUUUUAUUUUACCGAUAAAUUUGAUUAAACAAAGGCUUAGACAAGUGAAUGUCCAAUUCAGUCUUUGGUGAGAGUAAAAAGAGGUCACAUUCAUCACAGCAGUGAUCAUCAGCAUAGCUGUAGGGGAAACUCAAAAUAUUAUGUUGUCUGAGAGAGGUUGAACUUUUCAGGUUUAUUAUUAUUCAUUUGAAUUUAAAAGUAAAAUAUAAAAUGUUGAAGGUUUCAAAGAAAAAUCUCAUCUCAGUGCAUCCUGUCCAAGUCAAAAGAUAAAUACCAAAAGGUUUGAAGUUUGGAAGGACGUGAAGGGGAUUUUCUUCUGACUGCUGAAAAUCAUAGAGAUGAGUCAGAUGCUGCGGUUUCCCUUUGAUCUGUAUUAUUAAAAAAAAGUGGUUGAGCUAUUACGCAUGUCUGGCGAUUUCUGAUUUCUGUUGUUGGUUUUGUAAUGAAAAUAAAUUUCAAUUGAAAUGAUCAGGACAUUAUUAUGACUAGAAGAGUCUCUCCAGGUUUCCUGAGCAUGGUGUGCACACAGACUAUUAAAAAAAUAUUCCUCUGAGCAGUGAUGGUUCAGCAGAUUAUGGAUGGGUAUAUUAAGGGUUAGCAGUAAGACAGGCCGAGUGCAGAUCUCAAUAAUGUUUGAAAAUAAAUGCAGACCCCCACAGAAGAUUGAACUUAUCCAAAAAUGUAACAAUUUCCUUGUACGGUCAGCAACAAACUCCAAGAAAAUCUAGGUCAAGAAGUUUUGAAGCUCCUCAUUUUAUUCACUUAACCCUCUGGGAUUGAAGUUUGUGCGGCACCGAAACAGACUGUAACACUUAAAAACUGUAACAUGGAUUUAAAUAAUUGAGACAGCUUAAAACUCACACUACCUUCAGCUGAAGUCUUGGCAUGAAUUUUUACACAGAACAGGAACAGAGAAUUUUACUCCCAUCUUUCAUUAAAAAUGCACUCAGUUCAUCCAGACAGGAAAUGGCAGUUUCUAAUUUUGAACUUUAAAAUAUCAAGGUUUUGAGACAAGGAAGACACUUCAAAGUAAAACCAAUAGAAAAUGCUUAAAGUGAGUGUUCAUCUUAAUAAUCGUCACUGUUGCAAAACAGAAAUGUUUCUUAACAUUAAGUUGUUUGAGCCUUUCCCUCAUUGUCACAAAUCAAAUGAUGGGCGAUGCUGGAGUGAUGGCUAUGGGCAUAAAGAAGGAAGGAAACCUUUUCUGCUCUGCUUUUGUUU